CUACUUCCCUCCAUUAUCUUCCCGCCCCCCACCCAUCUUCUCCCCUCUUAAAUCCCGCCUUUCCCCCCACAAUCUCCCUCCCCCUCCCCCUCCCCCUCCCCCUCUAACCCUAAUCUCUAUCUCUCUCUCAUCCCCCGAAUUCUCUCUCUCUCUCUCUCUCUCUCUCUCUCUCUCUCUCCCCUCCCCGUCCCCCACCAUGAACCGCCGCCUACGCCGCCCCUCCCCUCACAGCCUCUCCCCAGAAGAACGCUACCUCCGCUACCUCAAGCCCGGAGCCCUAGCCCAGCUACGAGACUCCAAAAUCAGCGCCAGAUCCCACCGCUCAACCGACUACUCCCACUUCCAGCACCAGAUCCUACUCUCCCGCACCCCCUCCCCUCCUUCCCCCUCCCAGAUCGACGGCUACCCUUGCUUCUUCUCCGCUCGAGUCCACGGCCCGCGCUUCCCCCAGAGGAAGAGGCUUGUGGCGGCCAGGCCCGUGUUCUUCAACCCCUCCAGCCCCACCUCGAAUCCGCCCGAUUCCGUCAUUGAUUUGUUCGGCAGUAGUAAUGAUAUGCUUGUGGCACAUUGAUUGAUGGUGACUCUUAGUUUGGUAGCAUGUGGUUGAACUUUUUUCCUGUUGUAGAUUUGUUUCUUUUAUCUGUAGUUUUAUGGCAAUUUUCGUAGUUCCUACAUGGGAAAAUAUGUGAAAACUGGUACUUAGGGCCAACAAAUUGAUAAUAAAAGCGUCGCUUUAAAGAUCCCUUA